AUGACGAAUGGAAAGCCACCUGGCCAAUCGUGCAAGUAAGCAAGGGGGAGGGAAGAUCAAACAAGAGUCAUUCGUGAAGGGAUUGAUGGCCACCAUGGCAUGCAUGUGUUUCUGUCUGUGUGUGCAUGGUAUGUAUGGUGUUGGUGGUCUGUCUGUUCUUGGCUGGGCUCGCUGCAGUGUGUUGCGUGAGUUGGAGGACAUCGGUGCCGUCCCCGUCAUCCCCGGGCAGCUGUACUAUGCAUCGCUGCCAAAGCGGCUGCAGGCGCAGCUGCCCCGCCACGACGACCACCAGUCGCCCGUCCAAUUCUUUACCAUCGAUGACAAGCUGCUGUACAAGCCAUUCUUCCAGGACUUCGGCCCCGUCAACCUGGGACACACUUACAGAUUCUGCCGGGCGGUGCAGAGGAGGCUGAGGGAGGCAGAGGCGCACCGGUCGAGUGAUGGUGGCACCAAUGGCCACAGCCACCACACGCCCCCGCCCCCCUCCCCUGCAGCUGCCGCAUCAUCACAACCCCCAGUGGUACCGUCCUCCUCCCCCUGCCCCUCUCUGUCCCUCCCCACCCCCUCUCCCCGCCGAGUGUUGGUGCACUACUCAAACCAGGACCCGCAGAAGCGGGCCAAUGCGGUGUAUCUCAUGGGCGCCUUCCAGGUCAUUGUGCUGGGCAAGACGGCCGAGCAGGCGUACGCGCCCUUUUUAGGCGUGUACCCGCCCCUCCUGCCCUUCCGCGACGCGUCCUUCGGCGUCUGCACCUACUCGUGCAGCAUCCUGGACUGCCUCAAGGGCAUUCAGUACGCCAUCAAGCUGGGCUGGUUCGACUACAAGACAUUCGACGUGGAGGCCUACGACAAGUACGAUGCCGUCGAGAACGGCGACCUCAACUGGGUCAUCCCCAACAAAUUCAUGGCCUUCUCCUCGCCGUUCGGCCUCGACCCACGGGAGCAGAGUGCGCUUAAGGCCAAGGGGCAGCACUACCUGCCGCCCGAGGACUACGCGCGGAUCUUCCGCGAGGUGGGUGUGGGGCUGGUGGUGCGGCUCAACCGCAAGACCUACGACAGGCGGCGAUUCCUCGACUACGGCAUACAACACAUCGACCUCUUCUUCCCUGAUGGAGCUUGCCCGCCAAAAGACGUCAUCGACCGGUCAGUCAGUGGGGGUCAGGUCGGUGGGCGAAGACCACACAAACAUUCAUUCUCAUCACUUGUCUGUCAAUCGGUCAAUCCAGGUUCCUGAUGGCGUGUGAGACGCACAAGCAUGGUGUGGCGGUGCACUGCAAGGCCGGCCUGGGCCGGACGGGCACCCUGAUCGCAGCGUACGCCAUCAAGAACUACAAGUUCCCGGCCGGCCCCUUCAUCGGCUGGAUCCGCAUCUGCCGGCCGGGCAGCAUCCUGGGCCCGCAGCAGCACUUUUUGUGCGAGAUCGAGAAGGACCUGCUCAACGCCGAUGUGCACGAGAGCGUCAACAAGACACUCAUGGACGUGAGCAUGGGCAUGAUGGACGACGUCACGAGCAACUACCAGUCAUCGCACUCAUUCCAUCAGGUGAGGGCGGGCGGAAUAGAUGGGAGGGAGGGAGGGAGGGUGGGUGGGUGGUGGGUGUUCGUUGAUUGUGUGUGUGUUUCCAUCCGGCUCGGAUCGGUACUGCAGGACGUGUUGACAGCGGGUCAGAAGAAGAUGCUGCGUCGGAUGGCGGCUGCGGGCGACAAGGGGCAGGGCGAGCGACUGGUGGCCGCCAGGCGAGAAGCCAACAUGAACAAACGAGAGAUUCCCGCCGGGAAAUAAUCGCCACUGACGAUGGAUGCACACCACACUUGUUUGUUGUCCUUUUAUAUAUACACACGGAUGGAAUCUGUCUGUUGAUUGAUCAAUGGUCUGUCUGCGUCUGUCUGUCUCUGAUGGAGCGAGGUAGCGAGUGAGAGGAGAGAGAGAGGUUUGUGGGGGGACGGGACGGGACACAUCAUAUACAUACAUGACACCCAUCGUGUGUCUACACUCUGUUUGUGCAGGCGUUGCGUUCAAACCUCGUCUACAGAGGCGAAGAAGAUCGUGAAUGCCCCAGCGGCCUUCCCC